AUGGAUAAUCAAGAGGUUUCUGUGGAUGUUGAAGCCCCCAUCGACAAGACCAACGAUGAUCGAUCCCUACCUUUUUCAAUCUUUAAAAAGGCUAAUAACCCUGUUACUUUAAAGUUUGAGAAUCUUGUGUACACGGUGAAGCUGGAGGAUCCAAAUGGCUGUUUCCGAACCAACCACAAAACCGAGGAGCGAACCAUCUUGAAAGGCUUGACAGGGUUCGUUAAACCGGGAGAGAUCUUGGCUAUGCUGGGUCCUUCCGGGAGUGGCAAGACCAGCUUGUUGACGGCUUUAGGAGGACGGCUUGGGGAAGGGAAAGGGAAGCUCACAGGGAACAUAUCUUACAACAACAAGCCAUUAUCCAAAGCUGUGAAGCGAACUACAGGUUUCGUGACUCAAGACGAUGCUCUUUACCCUCACUUGACCGUUACAGAAACUCUAGUCUUCACCGCGCUUCUUCGGCUUCCCAAUUCUUUUAAAAAACAAGAGAAGAUCAAUCAAGCUAAGGCAGUCAUGACUGAAUUGGGUCUAGACAGAUGUAAGGAUACCAUCAUUGGAGGACCCUUCUUGAGAGGUGUUUCCGGUGGUGAGAGGAAAAGGGUUAGUAUAGGGCAAGAGAUUCUUAUAAACCCUAGUUUGCUCUUUCUUGAUGAGCCUACUUCUGGUCUUGACUCUACCACGGCUCAAAAGAUCGUAUCAAUUUUGUGGGAACUGGCUCGUGGUGGAAGAACGGUCGUGACCACAAUUCAUCAACCUUCUAGUAGGUUGUUCUAUAUGUUUGAUAAGCUUCUACUCCUUUCAGAAGGUAAUCCCAUCUACUUCGGUCUUGGAUCCAAUGCUAUGGACUAUUUCGCUAGCGGUGGAUACUCCCCGUCGGUGGAAAGGAUUAAUCCCUCUGACUUUCUCUUGGACAUUGCAAACGGUAUUGGUUCAGAUGAAUCCCAAAGACCAGAGGCAUUGAAGGCAGCUCUUGUUGAGCUUUACAAGACACACCUGUUGGACAAUGUUAUCACUGAUCUUGAAGGACAAGAUGAUCUUUCUAACAAACCAAUAGAGAAUCCUCAUGUGGAGACAAAUCAUUUUGGAGAAUGGCCAACGACGUGGUGGCAGCAGUUUUGUGUUCUUUUGCAGAGAGGCCUUAAGCAAAGGCGUCACGAUUCUUUCUCUGGCAUAAAGAUUGCUCAGAUAUUUAUCGUCUCUAUCCUUUGUGGUCUCCUUUGGUGGCAAACGAAACUUUCUCGCUUACAAGAUCAGAUAGGAUUGUUAUUCUUUAUGUCAUCCUUCUGGGCAUUCUUCCCUCUCUUCCAACAAAUCUUCACAUUUCCUCAAGAGCGAGCGAUGCUACAGAAAGAACGCUCCUCGGGCAUGUACAGGCUCUCGCCUUACUUCAUGUCCCGAGUUGUCGGGGAUCUACCAAUGGAGCUUAUUCUUCCAUGUUGUUUUGUCUUGAUUACAUAUUUUAUGGCCGGUCUAAACCACCACCCCGCAAACUUUUUUUUGACCCUUUUGGUCCUCCUCGUCCAUGUCCUUGUCUCUGGUGGGCUAGGACUAGCCCUAGGCGCCCUAGUUAUGGACCAGAAGUCAGCCACGACGCUUGGAUCAGUCAUAAUGCUCACGUUUUUGUUGGCAGGAGGAUACUACGUGCAACAUGUUCCAGUUUUUAUCUCUUGGAUUAAAUACGUAUCAAUAGGUUACUAUACCUAUAAACUACUGAUUUUGGGUCAGUACACGGCGAAUGAGUUGUAUCCAUGUGGCGACGAUGGGAAGUUGAAAUGUCAUGUUGGUGACUUUGAAGGUAUCAAGAAUAUAGGUUUUCAUAGUGGAUUGGUCUCUGCCUUAGCUUUGGCUGUGAUGCUUGUUGGUUAUAGAGUUAUUGCUUAUCUCGCUUUGAUGAGGAUCGGUAAGACCAAAUCCGGCUGAUACUAUUAUUCUCCACUUUUAGUUUGUUUUGGAUAUUUUAGAACUUUUUUGAGUACGUAAGAACGGAUGUAUAACAGCAAUAAGUUUUUGU